UAUUGACACUCUGUCUGUGUGUUCAUGCAGUGAAAUGGCAGAAGCCAGUAUCUCAUGGGCUGAAGAUCAGUUCAGAUGUUCAGUGUGUCUGGAUCUACUGAAGGAUCCAGUGACGAUUUCCUGUGGACACAGUUACUGUACGGAAUGCAUCUCAGGUUGCUGGGGUGAAGAGGAUUGGAAGGGAAUCUACAGCUGCCCUCAGUGCAGAAAAACCUUCACGCCAAGACCAGUUUUAGGUAAGAAUGUGGUGAUUGCUGAAAUGGUGGAGAAACUGAAUGCGAUGAGACUCCAAUCUGCUCCUGUUCCUCCUCCUGUUCCUGCUUUUCGUCAUCAUCAUCACACUGUAUCUGGAGACGUGCAGUGCAACUCUUGCACUGGAAUAAAACAGAAAGCAAUGAAGUCGUGCCUGGAGUGCCGAAGCUCUUACUGUCCAAAUCACCUUGAACAGCAUGAGAAUCUCUUCAAAGAUAAAGGACACAAUCUGAUGGAUGCCAAUGGACGACUGCAUGAGAUGAUCUGCCCUAGACAUAAUAAAAUUCUGGAAAUUUACUGCCAUACUGACCAGCAGUGUAUCUGUACACUUUGUUUGAUGGAUGAACACAAAAAUCAUGACACUGUGUCAACUGCAGCUGCGAGGACAGAGAAACAGCAACAUUUUGAGGAAACUCUGAUAAAAAUCCAGAAGAUAAUCCAGCAGAAAGAGAAAGAUCUUCAUCAGCUGCGAGAGGCUGUGGCAUCUCAUAAGGCGAGUUUGGAGAAGAAGAGAAGUUUGACAGUGAAGGACAGCGAGAGGAUCUUCACUGAGCUCAUCCGCUCCAUUGAGAGACGUCGUUCUGAGGUGACACAGCUGAUCAGAGAUCAGGAACGAGUUGCAGUGAGUCGAGCUGAAGAACGACUGGAGCGUCUGGAGCAGGAGAUCAAUGAUCUGAGGUGGAGAGAUGCUGAGCUGAAGCAGCUUUCACAAACACAGGAUCAUGUUCAUUUCUUUAGAGUUUGUUUUUCUGCCUUUCUCUCUGGAUCUACAGAUGGAAUCACUGAGGGUUCACAGCUAUCUUUUGACAAUGUAGAGAAAACCGUCUCUAAACUCAAAGACAAACUGCAGCAGUUCUCCAUAGAGACUAAAGAAAACAUAUAUGGAAGAGUGAAAACCAUACAGGUCAUUGGUGCUCCUGAAUUUCAGACCAGAGAGGAGUUUAUACAAUAUACCCGUCUGUUGACUCUGGAUCUGAACUCAGUAAAUUAUUUGCUCUAUCUGUCUGAGGGAAACACAAUGAUCACUGUUGCUGACACAGUCCAGUCGUAUCCUGAUCAUCCAGACAGAUUUGAUAUUUGGACAGAGGCAUUGUGUAGAGAGAAUGUGUGUGGACGCUGUUACUGGGAGGUGGAGUGGGCUGGUGAUGGGAGAUUAGGAGUAGAUAUAGGAGUGACAUAUAAGAGCAUCAGCAGGAAAGGAGAUGGUCCAGAAAGUGCAGCUGGACGUAACGAUCAGUCCUGGAGUUUGUUCUGCUCUCCAGACUAUUGCUCAUUCUGGCACAAUAACAUUGAGGCAAUCCUUCCUGUAGUCAAUAUCUCCAGUAGAAUAGGAGUGUAUGUGGAUGAAAGCGCAGGGAUUUUAUCCUUCUACAGUGUCUCAGACACAAUGAGCCUCAUCCACAGAGUCCAGACCACAUUCACUGAGAUGCUCUAUGCUGUGUUUGGAUGUGAUAGACACUCAACAGUGGAACUGUGUUGUCUAACCAAUUAAAACAUAUAGAGAUUCCAUCAAUUAUUUUGUUAUAUCCACUACUGAACUUUUAAUGAUCACAGAUAUAUUAAAAAUAUGUCAAAUGUAAAUAUAUAUUUAAUUUUUUUCGAGACUUGAUGUAACUCUUGUUUGUAUGUCUGAAGUAGCUUUCAGAUAUCCCAAUAAAAUAAAUAAACUUGCAAUAAUAAGUUUGUGAACCCUUUGAAUAUAUCUGCAUUUCUCAUUGAGAUACUCAUAAAAUGUGGCCUGAUAUUAAUCUUACAAAUAAUUGUAGUUAAAUUAAAACAAUCUGAAACUAACAUAACUAGUUGUAUUUUGCAGAAUCAUUGAGUACUUUGAAGAAUCAUUCUGUUGGAUAUUGUUUG